GCGGCGGGCAACUCGUGCGAAUGCGAAAAUAAAUAACAAAAGCCGCGGCUUUAUCAGUGAUCGAGAAUUCAACGAUCGACGGAUCGACGAUCAACGAUCCCGGGCCCCAAAGCGCGCGUAAAUAGGGAAAAAUACAAACCAAGAGGAUUGAUAAAAAAAAUAUACGCGUAGAGAAAACGUGCGCCGGGGAAAAAAGUGUGAGUGUGUGGGGGCGUUGUGUAAAAAUGAAAGAUUAAAAAAUUCGAAAAAAGUGCUGACGGAGGAAGAAAAUCAUAUAACCGUAACGGUAACAGUUUUGCCAGGAAAAACGGCAGGAAAAGUCACAAAAAACGGCGCAACUAAUCCCCUCUAAAAAUAGUCCGCAGAGAGAUAAAAAAUCACUCUGACAUUUUUUGUGGUUAUUCGCUUUAUUUACAACAAACUCACGUGUCUAACGACACUUUGACAACACAGAUACAAAUCUGUUUGGGAAGCUGAGCACGUGACCACCAAUUAAUGAAUGAGACAGCACCAGAAAAGAGAGUGAGACAGAAAUAGGGGGAGAGUGCAGGCGAGAUAAGUGAUAACGCCGCGAAGGAAAAAAAAUUCCGAAUCUUAUGCAAAUCGAGCGACAAAAAAGUGAAACGCAAAUAAUCAAGUUUAAAAGUCAAAAGUCGCAUGCGAAAUUAAAUAAACAAUGCUUUAAAAGUUCAAAGCUACAACACACAAAUGUUAAUUGUGGAGAAAAUUAAAAGCAAAGCGAUAAAGUUGAAACUUGGCAAACGGAAAUAAAUUACAUGCCAAAUAUAGGGUAAUAAUUCAAAUAAAAAUAAAAACCACCACACCUCCCAACAAGUUAGUAAAAUCUAUCAUAUACACCUGAAAAGUAAACACCUAAACACAAUUAAUUAAACAAUACAAUUUCAUCUAUGUAAAUGUCACAAUAAAGACUUCUACAUUUUCUAAUACGAAUGACAAAUUGACAAGAACACAAGUAGUCAGUCUGUCAGUCACAAAGUUAGUCAGGCAGUAAAAACAUCAAGCAAUUAACGUCUAAACAAUCUAAGAGCAGCCACAAGUGGAAGAGAGAUAGCCACGGAUCGCCAGACAGAGAGGGCAAAUCGAAUCGGUUGACGACGGCGGAGGUUUGACAAUAUGUUGAGCCCCCAUAAUGAAGGAAAUUGAUACGGAGACAACAGUAGUAUGGCCAGCCUGGUGUUAUUCCGGUAACGCACCCACCGACUUACUGCAGCAGAAGCCAGCCAAGGCCACCACCGCGAUUGUGGGCGGUCGCAGCGCAGCCCAACCGGCGACCCACGACGACGACCAUCAGGCGGCCAAGAUCGCCGUGACAGCGGUUACCAAGCGCAAGCACCUCGAGCGGCUGGCCAGCGAUUUGCGCCAGCAGCUGGGCCAAAGGGUCAGAGGUCACCAGCGGGAGAGUCCCGUUACAUUUCCCACCAUUGCGGAAACUGCCAAAAUGCUUAGCGAACGAUCGCUUUUGCUCAGCGGUUAUGGAGCAAUUGAGAGUACAGCUAAGAAACUAAGUGAAGCGGCCACCGGUGGCGGUGGCGGGGGGGCGGUAAGUCAAGCGGCCACGCCCACCACCACCCACCUGGGUGCACCCGCCUCCUCAGCCUCCUCUUCUUCUUCGUCGGGAAGUACCAGCUGUACCACAAAUGCAAAUACCGCAUCGGUGGCAGCUGCCUAUGCAGCUCUCUACUUGGAGAAGGUCAAGAACGAGAAGUUGGACAAUCACAAGGAUGCCCCGAUGGUCACCAUUCACAACAACAACAAUAACAACACCAUCAACAACAACAACAGCAGUAGCAGCAGCACCAACAACCAUCAAUCGAGUCAACAACAACAACAACACAGCGUCAAAAGGGAGCGAUUAAGUCCAGGGAGCAACAGCAGCAGCCACAACGGCGAACUCACCGUCAGCUCAUUCGCCAGAUCUCGCAGCGCCACACCCUCUUCGUCAUCAUUUCGCGGUGGCGGUGGUGUCUCACCCAGCCAGCAACAACAACAACAACAGUCCCAGCAGCAGCAGCAACAACAACGCCUUAGUCCGCCCAGUGGCCCAUUAGCAACAACAACAACAUCAGCUGCAACAUCAGUUAGUGCAACACACAUGCCGCUGCACAAUUUGUCAACGAAUUUGCUAAAUAGCAUUCAACAGGCUGCCAGUCAGCAGCAACAUCGCGGCAACAGCAACAUCAACAGCGGCAGCAGCAGCAGCAGCAACAUCGGCGGUGGCAACAGCAACACCAACAAGGCGGAGAAUGCUGCCGCAUCGAAUGCCACGGAUUUCUCCACCCGCAACUAUUCGGACAUCAUGCGCUGCCUCGCUGCCAAGUACAACAACACAAAUCCCAAUGACAACAAUGCAACGCGUCGCAACUCCUACUACGACAGCGGCAACAGUGGCAACACUUCAACGGCAACUGGCAGUGGAGGCGGAGGCGGAGGCGGAGGAGGAGGAGGGGGAGGUGGGGGAUCGGGAGCCACAACCUCUGCCCCAAGCACCGCCCUCAAGUCGGCGAGCAGCAGCACAAGCAGCAGCAGUUGCAACACCACUUCCACUGCCAAGAAGCUUUCCCCUUCAUCGAAUUCGGCUGCGAAUGCGGCUGCCUCCAAUUUGCCGAAGGAGACCAAAGUGAGUGUGGCCGGUGGUGCAGGUGUGGGUGGUGCAACAGCCACUAGUGGUGGAUCGUCCCUCUCCCAACUAGCCCCACCACCCACCGCCCCCUCGCCCACGGAGCAGGCCAAGAGCCAAAUGGCCGCCGUGGUGGCAGCGGCCAGCGUCUCCCCGUUCAUGACCAACUUUCUGCCCUUCUCCUCCGGCAUCUUCCCGCCGCUGAUAGACAUGAGCAGCACCCAGGCGCUCCUCACCCUGGCGCGUGCUGUAAAAGACGCGGAGAUCCAGGAGAUUCUGCGGAGCAAGCAGCAGCGCUCCGGGUCGAAUGCCUCGUCGCCGAGUGCGAGUGCGGCGGGCACGCCACGUUCCAGUUCCACUCUGAAUGCGGCACUGCACCAGGCAGCCCAAUUUGUUACGCCCGCACUGAUCUAUUCGGCGCAACUGCAACAGCAGCAGCAGCAACAACAGCAGCAGCAGCAGCAACAGCAACAGCAGCAGCAACAGCAACAGCAGCAACGGCAGCAGCAACAAUCGCAUCACGCUUCGCGGCAGUCUAGUCCACGUUCCACAAAUGACUCUUUGGCGGUGGCGCCUCCGCUGGGUGGCGGUGGCGGUGGUGGCUCCUCGAAUGCGUCGGCGGCGCCAUUGGAUUUGAGCUCCCAGCCGCCGGCAGCCAAGCGUUUCAAGACGGAGCGUCGUGCCAGUUCGACGGCAACAACAGCAACCACAGCGACCACGGGCUCAUCCACAUCCACGCCAUCCCCGCCACCGUUGGAUCAGCUGCAGCAGCAGCAGCAGCAGCAGCACGAGGAUAUCAAUUCUGGCCACGCCAACGCGGGAAUUGGAAUUGGAAUGGGAAUGGGUUCAAGUGAGGGAUCUGGCAAUGGUUCGGGAUUGGGACUGAGUUCGGGAUCAGGAGCCAGCAACAAUAAGCAACGCAGACGAUGCCAGGCGCAGAGCGAGGAGGUGAACUCCUGGUCGGUGGACGAUGUGUGCGGCUUCGUGGGCGGAAUUGAUAUAUGCGCCGAAUAUGUUCAGUCGUUCCGCGAUCAGUCGAUCGAUGGCACUGGCCUGCCGCUCUUAACCGAGGACCAUUUGGUUAACUCGCUGGGCAUGAAGUUGGGGCCGGCUCUCAAGCUGCGCUCCAUAUUGGCGAAGAAAUUGGGCGGGCCGUGCCCGUGUGUUGCAUGCGUUGCGCAGGCGCAACAAAUGCUGGCACUGCAAACGGGUGGGGCAGCAACAGCAGCAGCAGCAGCAACACCAGCAGCAGUAGCAGCAUCAGCAGCAACAGCAGGAGCAACAACUACUACUAGUUGCAGCAUCAAGUCGGAGAUCUUUAAUGGCGGCAGCAACGGCAGCAGCAUCAGCAGCAGUGGCAACAGCAAUCAGGGCAGCGAUAUUGCAGCUACGCCAGCAACAGCCAGCUCGCCCAGCAGCAACAUGUUGCUGCCAGUAUUGCCGUGCAGCAAUCUCCACGACGCCAGCUAGUUAUCAGCGGUCCACAUAAAAAUAUUUAUGCUAAAUAUUAUAUAUUGCAUUUCAACUGCAACAAUUGCUGUACCAAAUGAGAAACACACACACACACAUAACACUGAAGAAAAUCGGAUUGGAGAGAACACAACCUACUGUAUAAAUUAAACAAUAAACAUGUAAUUUAAUGGCUAGCUAAAGUUGUAAACUUUAAGUGACAACAACAAUAAUCGCAAAGUCUUCCAUUUGCACAAACACAAAUCAUAUUUGUAUAACAUUAAUCAAUUUAUUAGUCAAUUUAAAGAGAGAGUUUUCGUUUUACGUACUUAAGUGCAAAGCGCAAUUUGCAUUGAUUUUAUUUAUUUCUAUGACUUUUUCGUUUUUAACUGCUAGUCAGUAAAUAUAUAUUUAAUAGAAUUCCGCUAAAUGUGAAGCAAACUUAAAAAUUUAAUUUUAUUGUUUUGCUAAUCGAUGUAAAAGGCUAUUUAUUUUUAUAUAUAUCCUACGAUACGGCAAAAAUUGUUGAAACCCCGCCCCAAUGCUUUUUUCAAAUUUUAUUAAUUUAUAUUUAAUUUUCUGCGGCCAUGCACAGAGGAAUUCAAAAUUCAACUUUUAGAACUAUGCAUCCUUUUAAGAGCUCCAAGACUUGAAAAACACACACCACACACCUACACACACACACACAAAUGAAAACAACAAGCAAAUAGAGAACGUAUUUUAUAGCUGCAUUGUACAUAUUGUUUAUUUAAUUAGUUGUAAGUCAUUUAGAGAGAAACAAAAGCAAAAAAAAAACAUUUUCUAAUACCUAGGCCGUAUGCAAUGAACUUAAAGAAACAGAAGCAUAUUUCUACACAAUAGGCAUGAAAAUGAACUUGAUUUAUUAUAUACAUUUAAUGAACUAUAGCUAUUUUUCACAAGCUAAAGCAAAUAAAUUAUACCAGUUAUCAUACAAACAAAA